UCCUUCUGCUGGCUUUAUGAUUUUGGCCCAUGUGACAAAAUAUUUGGACACCACUGAAGUAACUGGUUUUGAAGUUAGCACCUUCAACCUUCAUGUAAACUCGCAGCUCAGUUUGCACAGACAGAAGUGGUCCCUGCUGCGUGUUUCCAUAUUUUUUUUGGGAAGAAAGACAGGCGGAGGUCCCGGAGGGGAUUAGACACCCAGAUCGCUGUAAUCCCUCCUGAAAGGCGCGCCGGACGGACGCUGGGAGGAGCUUCGUGGAGCCGGCAGGUUUGGGGUUGGGAUUGGAUUUUUCCCUCGUGGAGUGAUCACAUCGUGACGCAUGCGCUUCCGUGUCUCCUGUUUUCUUCAUCCUCAGUGGAGGAGCAAACUGUACCUGCUUAAAGGCGCCGAAGCUCCCAGGUAGUUUGUAGUUUCUUUCUUUUUUUAGUUGACGGAAAGUAAAAAAAAAAUAAAUAAAUAAACAAAUAAACAGGUCUAAUAAUAAAACAGAGGCGGAACUCUUCAGAUUAAUGCAGAAAGGGAGUCUCCGGGGAAGUGGAUUAGAUCCAAUUAGGAGGAAUCAGAGCGCGAGCUGUUGUUAAGGAUGCGGAAACAACAACAGCAAAAAGGAGACGAGCAGAACCAGAAGUCUGGACUCUGAUCCAAACCGGGGAUGCGCGCAGGAGCCGCCUGGCCAUCUGAGGAGAUGUUCCAAGAAGUUGGAGCCGAGCGUCCCGUCAGCCGGUCAGUGCUAUGAAGCGGCUCAGUCUCGCACCGAAAGCAUACCCAGCACCAUGUCGAAAGUCCUUCAGAAGAAGAACCACUGGAUCACUAAGGUGAAGGAGUGCAACGUGGUUCGGGACCCCAGCGGGGAGCUGAGCGUGGAGCUGCGCGGCGGGGCGCAGGACGGGGAGUUCGCCUACGUCGGAGCCAUCAGGGAGGAUGCUGUGCGCCACCAGGACGGGGAACUAUGUGAGGGGGAGCUGGUGCUGGAGGUGGAGGGGGUGUCUGUGUCUGGAUUACCUCUUUAUGACAUCUACACUGUGAUCAACUGCAGCACAGGUCCCGUCAGGUUCAAAACUGUCCGUCAAGGUCACAAACUCAACAAGGACCUGAAGCACUUUCUGAGCUUGAGGUUUCAGAAGUCAUCGCCUGACCACGUGUUGCAAAAGACAAUACGAGCCAAUCUAUAUCGUCAUGCCGUGCCUUGUACAACCCGCUCCCCUCGAGACGGAGAGGUCCCAGGGGUGGAUUACAACUUCCUGUCUGUGGAGGACUUCCUACAACUCGAGGAGAGUGGCACGCUACUGGAAAUAGGAACGUAUGAAG